AGGUGAGAUCAGCUGCAGGGCCUGGCAGCCUGGGAGGGAGGGAGGAGUUGAAGAAAGGCUGGUCUCUUAGGCUGACACUGUCAUGGCAUAUCUGGCCUGGGCAAGGGCUGAAUCACCUGGGACAUGGGAAGAGCUUGAGGCUCCAGGGAAGCUCAACCCAGGGCAGCCUUCACUGACUGGUCAUUGGUGGCUUUGGACCCCAGUCUUGUGUUCUGUAGCUGACCCACCCACACUUAAGGCUCUGGAGCAAGCUUUCCCCUUCCCACUGGAGGCUUUGGGAGGCAAGUAACACCUUCUUCCUCGCCCUUAUAUCUAACCCAUCACUGUGCCCUCUACAUCUGAAGUUUCUUGAAAGGAAAGGGGAUGUGAUACACCCUAGGUCAUAUAGUGAGUAUAUUUAGGAGCUAGGAGGCCAAGCCAAAUCCAUGGCCACCAGCAACCCAAGCAGAGGAUGGGAAGGCAUUAGAUACUGGCCACCAGACUGGAAGCAGAAAAAUGCUGGUUGGCAAGAGACAGAUGAACUGAAGUGACUUUAUAUACAAUCCCCCCAUCCCCACUCCCUAUACACAUAGUCACAUAGACACAGGGUCACUUCCUCCCUACUUGAUAAAGCCCAGGAAGAGAAUAAUGAGAAUUAUUUCUAGAGUCUCAAUCACCCCUCAAUUCCCUCCUUCUGCAAAUCCCCUCCAACCCCUUGUGCUUGUCUUUGUGUCCCAGCGAUGACUCAGAUGUGGCCCUGCCCUCUUGGAGUUCACCAUGUAGAAUAAUAGAGGUGAUGGCCACUAUGCUAGAACUAUGUCAUCAGAGGGAACUGGGGGAGCACACAGAAGGAGGCAAUCUACUUGCCUGGGUGGCAAAUGCAGUCAGAGAAGGAUCUACAGCCACUUGAGUGAAGGUUUGGAGAACGACUAAGACAAGGGGACAAAGGACAUUGUAGGGAGUCUGAGUGCCAGGAACAAAUACCCCAAGGAGAUAGGACUUGUGAUAUUCAGAAGGCAGAAGCAGGGGAGUGUGGCUGGAUGUGCAGAGAGAGGUUGGUGCCACAAAUUCUUGGGGCCCCUUAAAGUUUGGCUUUUAUCCUGAGAGCAACGGGAAGCUAUCAAAGAGUUGCACGCAUAUAAACUAUUAAACUGACUUGUGUGUGGAGACAGGGUGGGAAGGAAGGCAAAACCAGAGGCAGGGAAACCAGCAAGGAGGCUGGUCCUAUAGCCCAGGCCUGCACUAGGGUGGUGGCAGUGGGCAUGGACAGAAGUCUAUGGAUUGGAAGGCCAUUUGGGACAUAGACUUGACACAGCUUGACGAAGGAGGAACUGUUGGUCCAUCCUUUUGAUCCCAUCAUCUGAUAGGCCAACUUUUAGCCAACCCUAUGCCGUCUGUUCGACGGCAGUUAAGUUCCUCACAUAAGAGGCAUUCCCUGGACCCACAGGCAGGGUUGGGGCUUCUUUUGAAACUCCCUCCUUCCUAGUCCCCAACCCAGUGCUUUGCACAUAGCAAGUACUCAGUAAGCAUGAUUCAAUGACACAAGUACUCAAAAAGCACAAAUGAAUGACACUUAUCAAACUGCACUGGUCCUAGGGGUCUGGAUGUGUCACCUGUGAGGUGGCCCGGCCUGCUGACAAGGUGCUCCCAGCAUGGCCUUCCAGGGUGAGAACUUCUCUAGUGUUGCCGGUGAGCCGGGCUCCCUCACUUUCUUCUUCUUCCCAGCCUCUGGGAUUUCCUGUAUGAUCUCAGCCUCUGGCCCCCUUCCCCCCCUCCCCGCCCCUGUCUGGGAUCUUCAUCUGUAAAAUGGAUCUAGGAACAGUGGUUCUCGACAGAAUUAACCCAAAGCAUCUGUGGAAGUCAUUGGCCUUGAACCGGGGCCAGAUCGCGUCGGGUGUGGGCAGGGGCGCAAGUAGGCAGCCGGGGCGUUCAUGUGGCGGAGACCUCCCGGUCCGGAGCCGGGAGCCCAAAGGAAUUUGCCUGGAAGUUUUCCACCGUGGCAGAGCCUUCUGGAGAUUGCUCUGUGCUCGCCUCGGGGUGCCCCGGCCUUGAUUUCUCCAGUAGCCCCGAGGGGCGGGGCUGGGAAGGAGCGGGAGGGCCGAGGACACUGGCGGGAUAAUGUGCGGAAUGUGCCAGGCUCAUCUACCUACCCCAAGAGAAGGCAGAGGAAGGGGGCCGGCCGAGGGGAGGGGCGAGGGGCGAGGCACUGGGCGCCGGUGAAAACCUGUUUGUUCUCCUGCGGGUGGAGCCCAGUCCGCGCCUCCUCGCUGCCCUGCACGCUCUUCGCUGCACCAGGCUCCCGCCGUCCCACAACCGCCGCCCCGGGCCCGGCCUGGCCUGGCCCGGUUGGGCGCUGUCCACCCGAGGGAGCCCGCGCCCCGUGUCCGCCCGCUCCUUGGCCCACCCCGCGAGCCGGGCACCUGUGCCAGGAGCCCUGUUGAAUCAACUGAGAAGGGAUCUGCAGAGCAAGCGCCAUGAGUAUCUCAGCUCUUGGAGGCAGCACCAAAGGGAAACCACUACUACCAGGUGAAGAGGAACGCAAUAAUGUCCUCAAGCAGAUGAAGGUUCGGACCACGCUGAAGGGGGACAAGAGCUGGAUCACCAAGCAGGAUGAAUCAGAGGGCCACACCCUAGAGCUGCCUCCUGGUCGGAGUCGAGCCACAUCCUUUUCAUCAGCUGGGGAAGUCCCGAAGACCAGGCCUCCUAGCACAAGGGCUCCCACUGGCUAUAUCAUCCGGGGAGUGUUCACCAAGCCCAUAGACAGCUCGUGUCAGCCACAGCGGCAGUUCCCCAAGGCCAAUGGAGAUCCAAAAAGUGCUGCUGGUCUGCUGAGAGCAGCUCCCAGUGGGCUUCCUCGGCCCUCCUCCUCCGGCUAUAAGAUGACCACUGAGGAUUACAAGAAGCUGGCACCCUACAAUGUCAGACGCAGCUCAGCAUCAGGGGAUGCUGAAGAGGAGGAGGUUCUCUUCUCAUCUGAUGAGCAGAAACGGAGGUCAGAGGCUGCAAGCAGUGUGGUGAGGAAGACAGCCUCCCGGGAGCACUCCUACGUUCUGUCAGCAGCCAAGAAGAGCACCAGCCCUGCCCAGGAGAUGCAGGCUCCGUUCAUUGCAAAGAGGGUUGAGGUGGUGGAUGAGGACAGGCCUUCUGAGAAGAGCCAGGACCCACCUGCUCUAGGAAGAUCCUCUCCUGGCUCGAGCAGUGUGGAUGGAGACAGAGCCAAAGUGUCUCAGGGGAUUUGGAUUGAGCACAUGCUGACUCUGCCCAGCCCUGCCAGGAGCUGGGAGCCCAGUACAAGAGGUGAGGAAGUUGUCCACCUGCAGAUCACGACACCUGGGGCAGGACUCCGCCUGAUGACCCCAGACCUGGAAGGAAUGAGGUCUUCCCUGGGCUCCAAAUACAAGGAGGACCCCAGCCCUAGAGAGGCCAAGGAAGACUUGGCUGGUGAGGAGGCCUGCAAGGGCCCCAAUCUAGACCUAAGGUCAAGUGCACAGUCAAGUGAUGGCAAUGUGGGAUCCAGAGCCAUGGGCUUCCCACCUGAAGGCUUGAUUGAAGCAGACAUUGACUCUGGGAGAGGAGGCUCCAGCUCCACUUUGGCCUCUGCUGGACCAGCUGACCAGAAGAGUGACAGUCCAGCAGACCUGGAGGACAAGGAUGCACACUCGAAGGGGUGUUCACUCUUCCUCAGCACCUUGGCUGAUUCUGAAGACAAGAAUGUGGCUGCCACGGUGGGAGAGACCUGGCAGGAAAGGCCUGCAGUCCUGAGAGGUGGCCAUGGGGACCCAGCUGCACCCUCCCAGCAGUCUGCAGCCCCCAGGACCCCAGAGCAGCAGAGCAUCCCCAGAAGACCAGAGCAGCUUGUGGAACUGAACAGCCAGGCCAGCAGGUGUUCACUGUUCCUCAGCACCUUGGCUGAUUCUGAAGACAAGAAUGUGGCUGCCAAGGUGGGAGAGACCUGGCAGGAAAGGCCUGCAGUCCUGAGAGGUGGCCAUGGGGACCCAGCUGCACCCUUCCAGCAGCCUGCAGCCCCCAGAACCCCAGAGCAACAGAGCAGCCCCAGAAGACCAGAGGAGCUUGUGGAACUGGGAAGCCACACCAGCAGGGUGAAAAACCCCUCGAGCUGUAUGGUCACUGUUACCGUUACUCCUACUGAGCAGCCUCAUGUUUACAUCCCAGCCUCCCCAAGUGAAUUGGACUCCAUUUCAACCAGCAAAGGGAUUCUCUUCAUGAAGGAAUACAUGAAUGCUAGUGAGGUAUCCUCUGGGAAGCCAGUGUCUUCAUGCUAUGACAGCAUUAGAAGCAUUGAAGACUCAUGUGAUGUGGAGAAGAAACCUGCAUGUGACAGCUCUCUGUACUCCGAAAGAACAACUGGAGGGAUCUGUACUUACUGCAACCAGGAGAUCAGAGACUGUCCAAAGAUUACCCUAGAGCAUCUUGGCAUCUGCUGCCAUGAUUAUUGCUUUAAGUGUGGGAUUUGCAGUAAACCAAUGGGUGAGCUCCUGGAUCAGAUCUUCAUUCACCAUGACACCAUCCACUGUGGGAAAUGCUAUGAGAAGCUCUUCUAGCUCUUCCAGGCUGAGAAGAAGUUGAUGACUCCUGGACAAGUUUGGCUGUCCUCAGUUGCCCCAAGUUGCUAGCUCCUCUUCCCUCACUUUCCUCCUCCCCAUUUGAUUUCUUCAGACUUUUGCCCUUCUCAAGUUGAACUGAUUGCAUCUAGUAGAGUAUCUUAAUGAUGACAAUAACGUGUGUGUGUAGCUUUUAAUAGCUUAGCAAGCACUUUACAUCUAUGAUCUUAUUUCAGGCUCAAGAAAAAAAAAAGAUUGAACAAGAAUUCCAUCUUGGCUUUCUUAAGAUAGGUUGGCUUCCUGAUGAGUUUAGAUGGUCUGGUACGAUAGGCAGGAGCAUGAGUUUCAGCGUGUCCUGACUUUUGGGACAGAGAGCAACCCCACAUUCUAGGUUACAGCUCUAAGUGUAUCUUUGGGGCUUGAAAACAAGAGGUCUCCUGAAGCUUCUGAAGGGCCAGGUGGGUAAAUCUCUGGUGGGUAAAUUGCAGACAUUGAAUGCUAGGGAUUGGCUUAGGCUAAUAUUUAGCUUGUCUGUUAUAGUUGCCAUAUAUAUGUGUGUAUGUAUGUAUACAUAUAUAUAUACAUACAUUUAUAUAUUUAACUUUCCAUACACAUUUAAAAAUAGUUAAUUGCUUUUUAUUGAGUUAUAUAGCAGAUUUUAAUUAUCUUCUUCCCACUUUUCACUAUAAUUGAGGUUUUUUUUUUUCCUGCAAGCUUGUGGGCAUGCAUUUGAAAGUCUACACAGAUAAGAUUACAUUCCAUGGGGUGUGAUUCUUAAGAGGCCACUGACCAAAGGAACAUCUGUCUCUGAAUCUUGAUAGCUGAUUAAUACCUUUUCCCUCAAUUCCAAUAGUUACACAGAAAUCUUCAAAAGUAGGUUUCAGGUUGUAUAGACUCCAGCAGGAUUAAGAAGGGAGAAAAACAGUUAACAUUUCUCAAGGCCUUACUACCUAUCAGGCAUUAUCACAAAGAGAUGGCAUCAAUCCUCAUACUAAUCCUAUGCAGAGGUUAUUUUUGUCCCCAAUUUAUAGAUGGGAAUAUCAAGGCUCAGAAGGUGGUCACUACAUCGUGUGGAACCAUUGCUGUCUCUCUCCAGAACCCAUGUUCUCAGUAACAGUAACCACAUUACCAAGCAUUGAUUUAGUGUCGUGUGCCAAGGUCUGUGCGGAGGUUACCUCAUUUUACCAAGUAACAUUGCCCUCCAUAGGUCUCCCCUGAGGCAUACUCUUACAAAGAGAGGAAAGUAUAAAAUCAUGUUCCUCCUCUGGGCAUCCUAGGUCUCCCUAUGAAGUACCACGAAAGUCAAAGUGCCCUCCUUCCCUCUCCUCCCCUUUCUAUGAAAAUAAUUUUGAACUGAGAUACUCUUCCAAACUUAGAUUUCUCUGCUGGGUAGAGACUUGACUCACAGACCUUCCCAAAGAAGAGCUUGUCAACCCAGGGAAAGCCACAGUGAGCUACCCGAUCUGAGCUAGCCAGGAUAUCAGCAACUACUGGAGUCCCAAGUACUUGGAACAGAGAAACUUGUUGACUGUCUAAACAAAUUGCAGGCCCAUCCAUGUGGUCAGCUGAUACUCUACUCAGGUUCAACUAAGCUCAUCUGCCUUUGGGACCAGGAUCACUGUGUAAGGUCCUUGAGAGGAAGGACAACCUGAAAGUUUUCUGAUGAAAACUGAGGGUCUGUUCCCUUAAUUUAAUUAGAAAAUGUCUCCAUCUCUCUCCAGUUUCUGACUCCUACGCACAUUGGCUGGUGGACUUGUCUUCCUGUCAAAUGAUCAGAUAGGAACAUUCCAUUUAUUUGCAUAGAUGUGCAUCAGAUUUGCUCUGGAGGGGAAAAGUGAUACAAUAGGUCAUGUACCACUAAAUAUGAGCUGGUAUUCCCCAGGUAUAGUCCACAGCGAGGGAUUUGGCACAUGAUAGACACUGACACAUUGGUGCUAAAUGAAUGAAUAAAAGGGAAAGAAAGGCUGCUCCUUUGUGUUGGAGGUACCAACCCUGAGUCAGUAUAGCCUAGUUGAUCGAGUACAGGAUAAAGAGAUCCAAGAUAGGCUGACUUCUCCACCUUUAAGAUACACUGUGCCUUUAAGGGAGUUUUAGAACCAAUAUGCAAGAAAUUGAUGGAAAGCUUGUAAGAUCAAUAUUGAGUUCUAUUCAAAACAGACACUUUCAUGUCUAAAAAGGCACAAAAUUCUGCAGACUUAAGAGAGGUGGUUGCAUUAUACUUUUGCUUCUUUUUAAUUGUCUAGUGUUUUUAAUCACAUUUGCUUAACCCAAAUUAAUGUACUCAAUUAUAAUAAAUAUUGAGAUAUUAAAUAUGUCAAUGUAGUCAA